ACAAAAGUUCCCCACUAGCUCGUGAACGCCAAAAUUCCGGAUCCACUUGAGCCGCUAGCGCGUUCCCACACCUGCCAUGACCUCUCAUAAUCGCAGGCCAUCGCGGUUGCCCUAGGACAUUCUUCACGCCGUUUCGCCGCCACCACCGCGUCGUCGCUCACCCCCGACUGUCGCGCCCAGCUUCUCCCAUGUCGCAGACAGACACUCCACCGCGUUUGCUCUGUUCGACCCCUCCAUUCAUGCGCUGGCCCGACGGUUGAAUGUGACCCACCAUUUGCGCCCGCCUGCAAGCGUGUUAUCCAUAGUUUACAUACUUUUCGCUACCGCCGCUCCUCCAGCCUGCCCGUAGGAGCCUAGCGUUUCAAAUUUAUUUCUACCUCCCACCUAGCUAUGAGCUACGCAGAGUACCCCGAAUUCGAGGCCUAUCAACAACGGUGGAACACAACCGAGUCGCAUACCAUCAACAUCACGUCCCUUCUCCUGGGAACUAUCAUAGGUGCAUACGUUCUCAUCAAAGCCUUGGACAUACUGGGCUUUCCCGUCUGGCAUCUUGUCGAACGCUUUCUCCAAAUGGCAUCCGACGUCCUACGCCUUCGCGGCGCCUCCUUUGGCUCAACAACUUCUGCCUCCAGCGACGACGAUUCAGCCCAACAGGGAGGCAUGUUCGGUAGUCUCUUUGGCACGACCCCGGGGAACCUGUUGCAAAAGGGGGUACGAGGGGUUGCGAAUGCCUUCUCCAAGGGCCCUAGCGACGUGCCACCGGGCUUGGGCAAUAUCAGCAACUCUUGCUACCAAAACAGCGUUAUCCAAGGCCUCGCGUCCCUCCCAUCGCUACGCGACCAUCUUUCCAAAACCACCUCCGAAAACCCCGCGCUUACCCCGGAUACCACAAAUGGCGCGCUAUUCGAUAUCAUCACACAGCUGAACGACCCGAACAACAAGGGCCAACAUUUUUGGAUACGUGGCAAGUUGAAGUCGAUGAGCACUUUCGAACAACAGGAUGCGCAGGAGUAUUAUAGCAAAAUCUUGGACGCGCUAGAUGAGGAAGUCAAGAAGACCGCGAGCAGUAAGAGGCGAUCCUCUGUCUCCUGGCUGGAAGUUACAAAGAGCCUGAGUGACUCAACAGAUACAGACGAGAAAGCGCAAGACGAAACAAAGGACGGACUGCAUAAGUCAGGAGCACAACCCCAGGUCCCGUCAAACCCCCUUGAGGGACGCCUCGCUCAGCGUGUUGGCUGCACGUCCUGCGGCUACUCCGAAGGUCUCACCCUUAUUCCGUUCAACUGCAUCACUGUGUCUCUUGGAAAAAGCUACAGCUAUGAUGUUCGGGAGUGUCUCGACGAAUACACAACCCUAGAAUUCAUCGAUGGCGUCGAAUGCGCAAAGUGUACGCUGCUUAAGCUGGAGCGGACUCUUUCGCCUUUAAUCGCUGCUAAACCCGAAUCGCCACUGAAAGCAAGACUAGACGCUGUACAAGAGGCUCUGGGAAAAGAAGAUUUUGAAGAUAAGACACUGCUGAAAACCCUAAACGUGCCGAAGAAGAAUUGGGUACAGAGCACAAAGUCGAAACAAGCCGUCGUUGCACGCGCGCCUCAGUCGUUGGUUUUGCAUGUCAACCGAAGCAGCUUCAAUGAAUAUACUGGCAUGCCGUUCAAGAACACUGCGGGAGUCUCAUACCCAACAGUGUUGGAUCUUGGAAACUGGUGUCUGGGUGGCAUCCCUCAUGGCUCACAACAGCCCGCUACGUCAGAAGAGGAAUGGCCCAAGGACCCUAGACAGUCGAUGCUAGCAAGGGAUGAGCCUAUGACAGACUCGCCAUUCCAAUACCGAUUGCGCGCCGCUGUUACGCACUACGGCUCGCAUGGUAACGGCCACUACGUCUGCUACCGUUCGCACCCCAAAACGGAGCCGAAGCCUGAGAGUGAUGAAGAUGCUGAGGCAUCAUCCACGGAAGACGAAGAAGCCGAGGAUGUUGCCGUACAAGAGCCGGAAGAAGUACCUUCUACACAACAAUCAGAACAGUGGUGGCGUUUCAGUGACGAUAGCGUUUACCCCGUGUCUGAACAGGAAGCGCACCAAGGGAACGUCUUCAUGCUUUUCUAUGAGCGUAUCAACGAGGAGGCUGUUUUACCACCACAUACUACAGCAGAGAGUACAUCUGUGGUCGAAGAGGCACCCUUGCCGCCAAAUGAUAUUAUGACUGCCCUAGUCACCGCACUUGAUGAGGAGGCCGUCGCCAUCGCCCUGCCAGAUGAUGACGAAGAUCUACUAGAUCUCAUCCCACCACAAACAACACCAGUGCCUCAACCAGCCACCCUCGAUACCACUUCCGAGCAACACCCAGCGGAAGAGCUAGUGCCGGAUUCCCCCACAGUCGGCACUCAAAUCGAACCCACCACACUGGAUACCGAGACAGAAGCCAGCGACGCAGAAUCCGAGGAUGCGCCGUCAACACAGUUGACAUCCGACAACGAAUCAGAGGCCGACGCCCCCACGCCUCCAAAAACCACACCCACUCUCCAAAAGGUCUCACCUAACCUUAUGCGCACGGCAGGCAAUGCGUCGAAUAGAGGGCAAAAGGGCAAUGGUACGCAGAGUUUACCGUUGGUGUCUGCUACGUAGUAUGUGAGUGGCGCGAUGGGUAAACGAGUCAAACUUGGAUGGUAUUAAGGGAAUGGGGAGUUAUUAUGCGUUCACAUUGGGUUUGGGUACGGCAUCUUUACCAGGCGUUUCAGUUACCUGUUUGCCCGACAGGGUCAGGUUGGCGUUUUUUCCUUCAAGGACAACGUAUUGCUUGUGUAAAUAAUACGCAGCUAGCCUUUGGGACGAAUCGAUG